CUUACAGCAUUAUUAUUAGGCUUACCCCAUUUGGAGUACUAUCUCAAGUUUUUGUGCUCUUUUACUUUUUAUAUCAUAUAUAUAUAAAUAUAUAUAUAUAUAUAUAUAUAUAUUCGUACCCAAGAAAUUAAGCUCUAAAACAGAGAUUCAUCAAUGGAGAUUUCCUGAGAUUAUUCUUGCUUAUAAUUUCUCAGAUGUAGAUCUGUCUGUCCAAGACUACAUUAAAGGGGUUUCUUGGAUAUAUAGUAUUUAAACUACCUGGAUUAAUUGCAAAAUUGCCACACUUCAGGAAAAAGAUAGCUUUGUGCUGGAAGAGAAGGAAGCUUAGCAAAGUCCCCUCGAAAAAAAAAUGGUGGGAGUAGCAGAGCCGGAGGAGACGAUGUCACAAGGGGAAGUGGAGCCCUCAUUACUGCUCCAAUCGAAUGAUCAGCUACAAAAGAGUAAUACUCAACACCCCUUUUCUACUCUGGGAAGACAAUCCUCAAUCUACUCUCUUACCCUCGAUGAGUUUCAGCACACUCUGUGUGAAAGUGGUAAGAAUUUUGGGUCCAUGAACAUGGACGAGUUCCUCACUAGUAUCUGGACUGCCGAGGAAAACCAAGCCAAUAACACUAACACCACUACUCAACAUCACACUAACAACAGUGAUAAUAAUAAUCAUAGUAGUAGUUAUAACAAUGGCCACGGCGGCGGCGCAGCCGCUGCAGCCGAGCUACUAUCCCUCAGCGAAGUCACCGCCGAUGAAGUUGGCUUAGCCUCGCAGCCGAGUCUCACCCGCCAAGGCUCGCUCACUCUCCCCUCGCCGCUGUGUCGGAAGACGGUGGAGGAGGUUUGGUCGGAAAUACACAACAAAGGUCGACACCAAGACGAUCAACAGAAGCAACGUAAAAGCACCAGUGCCACCACCAGGACUCCUAAUCCUCAUAUUAGUGUUGGUGAUGGUGCACGGAAUUCCGAGUUCACCCCUCGUCAGCCGACUUUCGGAGAGAUGACUCUGGAGGAUUUUCUCGUCAAAGCAGGGGUAGUUCGGGAACCGGCUCCGUUAACGACGGUAGCACCUACGCCAACGCAAUCACAGAAGUCACAGCAGUACGGGAUGUACCGCAACAACUCUUCCGGAGCAGGGCCAAGUUUUGUCAACAGGGUCGCCGGAACUUCUAACGCAACUGUCGGCGGAGGCGGUGGUGGCAUUUCGGCUUAUCCGAGCACUGUGGCUUUUGGGGACUCGUCGGUUUUUGCAGGGAAUGGAUCGCGGAACGGGGCGUACACGCAGCCACCGCCGCCUCCGGGUGUUUGUUAUGGCGGGAGAGGAGGGAAUGGUGGAGGCGGGUAUGCUGGGGCGGCGCAGGCGCCUAUGGGGUUGGCGGCUCCGAUGAGUCCUGUGUCGUCGGAUGGAAUGUGUGGAAGUCAGGUUGAGAACUCAGGGAAUCAGUUUGGUUUAGAUAUGGGUGGGUUAAGGGGAAGGAAGAGGAUUCUGGAUGGUCCGGUGGAGAAAGUGGUGGAGAGGCGGCAGAGGAGGAUGAUUAAGAAUCGAGAGUCGGCUGCCAGGUCUAGAGCUAGAAAACAGGCAUACACAGUUGAACUAGAAGCAGAACUGAAUCAACUGAGAGAGGAAAAUGCUCACCUUAAACAAGCUCUGGAAGAACUCGAGAGAAAGCAAAAACAACAGUACUUUGACGAAAUGAAGCUGAAAGUUCAAACAAGAGUCUCUAUAGCCAAGGAAACAUUGAGAGUAUUCAGAAGGCAUUUGAGCUGCCCUUUGUGAUUAAAGAAAAGAUAGCGUUUUGAGAAACUGGGGAUAGCUCACGUAACCAGAAAAAUUCUGACCAAGGCUGAUCAAGAGGAAAACGUUAAGUAACCAAGGAAAAUGUACUAGUUAGGAAUGUUAAAAGGCACUUGAAAUUUGAUUACAAGGACUACUAGCAUGUGUGCUUGAUUUUAGGAUUAGAUAGUUAAGUUUGGGACUUAAUUUCUGUCGUCUUGAAUAGUUAUUAGUACACAAUCUUAGUCUAAAUUAUACUUGUUUGGCAUAUGUCUUAGGUUUUGCUGUUAUUAAAUGUAUAUAUAUGAUGAUGAGGUUUUUCAGCUCGAUUAAUUAUUGUUAUUAUUAUGUCA